AUAGGAAGAGGAGUAGGAGGAGGGGAAGGUCACUAAUUACCCCGUGACGCCCCCUGCCCCCUCCACCGCCCCGUGUGACUGCGCAGCGCCAGACGCCAUAUUGAUACCACCGAGGGGAGACCUCCUGUAGUUUUCGUCGUGUUUUCCGCCGCCCAGAAUGGCAUCCAGAAAGAAGAUACUGCUGAAGGUCAUCAUCCUUGGUGACUCGGGUGUGGGCAAGACGUCGCUCAUGAACCAGUUUGUCAACAAGAAGUUCAGCAACCAGUACAAGGCUACCAUCGGUGCUGACUUUCUCACCAAAGAAGUGAUGGUGGAUGACAGACUGGUCACAAUGCAGAUAUGGGACACUGCUGGCCAGGAGAGAUUCCAGUCACUCGGUGUUGCCUUCUACCGCGGGGCAGACUGCUGUGUCUUGUGCUAUGAUGUCACUUCUCCCAACUCCUUCAAGUCACUAGACUCCUGGAGGGACGAGUUCCUAAUCCAAGCGUCGCCCAGAGACCCUGACCACUUCCCAUUCGUUGUCCUCGGAAACAAGAUUGACCUGGAAAAUAGAGCGGUGUCUACAAAGCGAGCACAGCAGUGGUGUCACAGUAAAAAUGAGGUUCCUUACUUUGAGACCAGUGCAAAGGAGGCCAUAAACGUGGAGUUGGCCUUCCAGACGAUCGCCCGCAACGCCUUGGCCCAGGAGAAUGAGGUAGAGCUGUACAAUGAGUUCCCCGACCAGAUCAAGCUGACCAACGACAACAAGGCAAAGCAAGAGGCCUGUUCCUGCUAAUGAUCACUGUAAUGAUUUUCUUAGUUGAUAAGACAGAAUCCCUCUGUCCUACUUGUGAUAUUCGAGAAGCGAGCGUGGGAGAAGAGUUGCAGUCCAAGGCCUGGCCCAAGAGCAACGUUUGAGUGGUCAAAGUCUUGUACAUUUCAGUUUUUUUAUAUAUCUAUAUAUUUGUAGUUCCCCACCUGAAAAUUUGCAAACAUAAAUUCCUAUCAUAUCAAGGGUGGCAUAAAUAGAUUUAGGGAAGGACUUUACAGAUUUAUACAUACAGAUUAUUAAGGCUUAAAUUUUUAAGGAAGAACGCUCUUAUUGAUCCCUCAAAUGGUGGGUUAGGUGGGUUGACCAAGCUCUUGCAGAAUCAUAGCCUGACUGGCAACCUUGGUAGACCCAGCGUGUGUAUAGCAUUCGGGUGUUAUCACUUCUUGGUUUCACAAUGUGCAGAUCAAAGAAUUAUUGGUAUUCAUGUUUGUUAGCAUGUUAUAAUAUCGAGGAAAAGUGUUGAUUUUGUUAGUAAAAAACAAACAAUUUAUAAAUUUACUCAUAAUGCUCAGUGUUGUAUACUUAUGCCACCAAAGUCUUUAUAAUUUUUAUAAAUGAUGUAAAUUUCCCUGGUCUUUAGAGGCUAAAGCUAUUUUCUUGAAGACAGCAUUGCCCUGUUUUGUAAACUACAAAAUCAUGGAAGAACUGUUAACAAGUGCCUGAAGAAGUUUGCAGUAAUUAAAUAUGCAAUCUGGUUUAGUUUCUGGAUAAAAUAGAGAACAGGCACUUUUCCCUUGAAAAUCCAAGUCAUUUUGUAACUUGCAUUAUAAUUAAUGUACUUGUAACUCAUUGACAUUGCUAAUUAAUAUUUAAAAUAACUUACACUUAUAAUUGAUAUAUAAAUAUAUAUUGUUUGUAGGAUAAAAUUUAACAUAAAAAUCUUAAGAUGCAUAAUGCAGCAGCUAGACUGGACUAUUAUGUAGUUGUAAGACAAGUGUGUUGUGUGAAACUGGCAUGAAAUGCUAUUAGCAAACUGCUCAGGAGUUUUCAUGGUUCUAAACUUGAUAAGAGGCAGGGGGUGACCCCUGCCAUCACCAGUCUGUAUAGAGUAUGAAGAGAUGGCCCUUUGUGUCAUGGUGUCCUUGCUAUUAUAACUUCACUCGGGAGCUUGUGAUGUGAGCAGAAUUUGUGCAGAGUGGUAUAUAUAUUGACAAGAAAGCUGCAGUUCACUUGAAAAUCUUAUUAUUAAUUGUUCCUAUAUAGUCUAAAACACUGGCGUUAAGACUGUUGGGACACAUCUGCCUCAGCGCAUUACAGUAAUAUACUUCACACCAAAGCUCGAGUUCUCUUAUUUUAUACUGUGAUUGUUAGAUCAGUUCAAAGUGGAUUAUUAUGAUUUUUUUAAACAUUUAUUAAUUACUUGUACAUAUGUGUAAAGUACACCCCAGUAUGGUAGACAGUUCAAUCCAUGUCUCAAUUUUUAAGUUUAAUAGUAUAGAAACUUCAUGCUAUAAUUUUUUUUGCUGAUGACUUGUUUAAAUGUAUGGUUAAGUUUCAAAAGAAUGUUGUAAUUAAUUUGGCAUUCAGCAGGGCUGCUGUAGGUCCUGGGGCCAUUUUUUGGGGGCGGGGAAAUUCCUACAUCAUUGGUGUACGAUGGGAGAUAUGAAAGAAAAUUUGAAGUUUGGUUUUGUUAAUUUUUUUUUUAUGAUUUUUUUUUAAAGCUUGAAAUUGGGUAUAUAUAUAUAUAUAUAUAUAUAUAUAUAUAUAUAUAUAUAUAUAUAUAUAUAAAUAUAUAUAACGUUGUUGGGUUGUGUUGCAUCUGAGAGAAAAGAAGGUCCUGAAAUCUGUACUAGUGGGUUGAGUGCGUUGAGCAGCACCUGCCAGGCAGCCGCCUCUCUGUGGCGAGGCGGCCACUGCAGGUGACUGACAAACAUCAAAUUGUUGCCAUGUAUCAUAUUUUUUUUAAUAAUUUGCACCCAAAUUUUGUUAGCAUAUUAAGUUAGCUAUAUAUUCACUUUAAAAUGUGGCUAGAUCUGUAUUAUGUAUUAAAUACAAAUUAUGUAUGUUU